AUGAACGUUUGGUGGGGUAAAGAAAGAUAGAGGGGAGACUGGAAAUUUCGAGAAAAUCCAAGCGGUUUGCUGAGCUUCGCUACAAGGGUUAUACAACGUGCUCGAUCGUGCUUGCCGGCUGUAUUCUUUCAAGGUGGAACAACUUUGAUAACGUCUUAUAUUAAGAAUGGCGGCAACUAGUGCUAUUAAAAGGCUUGUACCCCUCUUUGAUAGAGUUCUAAUACAAAGAGCUGAAGCUGUCACUAAAACAAAAGGUGGUAUUGUUUUACCCGAGAAAGCUCAGGCAAAAGUUUUACAAGGUACAGUAGUGGCAAUAGGACCUGGACAACGAAACGAGAAUGGUCAACACAUUCCUUUAAGUAUCAAAGUCGGCGAUGUGGUUUUAUUACCAGAAUAUGGAGGAACUAAAGUAGAACUUGAAGAUAAUAAAGAAUUCCAUUUAUUCCGUGAGUCAGAUAUAUUGGCAAAGUUAGAAGUUUAAGUUUUUAUUAGUUGUAAUGUUAAAAUUUUUCAAAUACUGUACACUGUGCUUUGGAAAAUUUAAGAGUAAUAAAGCAGCAACAUACAUAUAUACGUAUAUACUAGUUAAUCUCAUAUGUAGUACACUGUUCAUUACUACACCAUAAAUUUACAUAUUCUUUGAAAGGUCUGAUGUUAAUAUAAGUAUCAUAACGUCAUACAUUCUAAAAAUAUAAAUUUAUUCAUUAUGUUUAUGUAAUUAUCAUUUCGUAUAUUUUGGUUUAUUAAAUUUUCACAUGAUCUUAA